AUGAGAGUGGCCAACCGUCAAAAAUGUGUUUCCCUCCAGAGCUACCAGCGCAGCGCCCCCAGAUCUGCCGCCGUAGGCGACCGCCUGUCGCGCAUCAUGCGAGACAGAAAUCUGGCCCCUCGCCUACCCUGUUUGGGAACCCCUGCUCUAGCUAAUCCGGUGAUUAUUUUUCUCUGUGCCCUGAAGGUCUGCUUGGCCUCCUCCUCUCCCUCCACCUUCCACUUUGUCCUGGUCAACUCAUUGCACAGAAUUAUCACUAAUUCCCACCUGGACUGGUGGCCUAAGAUCGAAGCGGUGUACUGCUACUCCGGAGAGCUCCGUUUCAUGUUCUCAGACACGCUCAACAGGGUGAUACAGGGCGCCGCCACCCACGCUCCUCUACGCAUGACACCCAGUCUGACGUUCAAAGGGAAGAUAAGCACCAGCCUUAAGUACAAAGAGAAAGCCACAGAACUGGACACUCGAAGCUACAAGUGCCUCCUCCUCGCUCUGGUCAAACUCAUCCACGCCGACCCCAGACUCAUGCUGCAUAACCCGGUGAAGCAGGCUCCAGAGAUGCAGAGCAGCACGGCGGAGCUCAUCACUGGCCUGGUGCAGCUGGUGCCGCUCACCAACACCACCCAGCUGUCCCAGGAAGCCAUGGAGCAGCCCAGCGUUGCGGUGUCCCUCCGCCCGGCCAUGGCGGCUCACAAACCAGUGGAGUGGGUCCAGGCCGUGAUUACUAGAUUUGAUGAGCAG